UCCAAGAGGACGGGGAAUUCCUCAAGGAAGGCGCUCGUGGCCGUGAUAGCAACAAGUAUGACACAUCCUGUGCUCAGUUGACUGGCCACCCCCUCUGCAUCCUUGAGUCUAUUUAGUUUCAGCACUACUGUGCAAAACUGCUUUUCCACCAGAGCUUCUGCAGAGCUCAGCGCGCGUCACCAUUCCUGCGCUUCAUCCUCUACAAAAUUAUUGCACACGAGAAUUGUUUUGUAUUUGGACAGCUUUUCGCAAACCUUUUGUGCCCCGUGACGCAGGAAGAACUACUUAACGGAGAUUAGCAGUGGUGAGGCAUCAAAUCCAACCUCCCACCAGUCACACACCGUGCGACCUAUCAAGUUGAUCUGAGGAUCGAAAAUAGGAGGGCUCAUAUAUUAAUCAGCACUUCGGACUGGAAGACAAGCAAAAGUAGGAUCGCCCGGUGAUCCCCCUGGCAUAGCAACUGGCCACUUUGCUGGGAAGGACCGUGAUCGAUGUUUUCAGAAGAUAAAAUCGGGCCCAGUGGACAAUAGAAAAGGAAAUAGUCUAGUGUUAUUUAUUUUUUUCCCGUGGAUUGAGUGCGAAGUGCUGUGCGCUCUCAUCUCCGAAUGAACAGAAAUGGGGGAAUGGACCAUACUCGAGAGGCUCCUAGAGGCUGCUGUCCAGCAGCACUCUACUAUGAUAGGAAGGAUCCUACUAACAGUGGUGGUGAUCUUCCGGAUUCUAAUCGUAGCCAUAGUUGGAGAGACUGUUUACGACGAUGAGCAAACAAUGUUUGUCUGUAACGCUUUACAGCCGGGCUGUAACCAAGCAUGCUACGACAAGGCCUUCCCAAUCUCUCAUAUAAGAUACUGGGUGUUUCAAAUCAUCAUGGUCUGCACCCCGAGCCUUUGCUUCAUCACUUAUUCGGUUCAUCAGUCUGCAAAACAGAAGGACCGCCGCUACUCCACCGUGUAUCUCACAGUGGAUAAGGAGCAGGACUCGCUGAAGCGGGAGGACAGCAAAAAGAUCAAGAACACGAUCGGGAACGGAGUUCUGCAGAACGCUGAGAACUCCACUAAAGAGGCCGAACCUGACUGCUUGGAGGUGAAAGAAAUGCCCAAUGCAAGUUUGCGGCCUGGUAAGUCCAAAAUGAGGCGCCAGGAGGGCAUCUCCAGGUUUUACAUCAUCCAGGUGGUUUUUAGAAACGCCCUAGAAAUCGGCUUCCUAGUGGGCCAGUACUUCCUUUACGGAUUCAAUGUGCCACCCGUGUACGAGUGCGACCGGUACCCGUGCAUUAAGGAGGUUGAGUGCUACGUGUCCAGGCCCACAGAGAAAACCGUCUUCCUCGUCUUCAUGUUUGCUGUCAGCGGCUUCUGCGUGAUUCUCAACCUGGCCGAGCUCAAUCAUCUGGGCUGGAGGAAAAUCAAAACGGCCGUGAGGGGAGUGCAGGCCCGAAGAAAGUCCAUCUACGAGAUCAGAAACAAGGACUUGCCUCGGCUGAGUGUACCGAAUUUCGGCCGCACUCAGUCCAGUGACUCUGCCUACGUGUAGUUCUUCUGUACAUCUCUCCGAUUAUCCAACACACAUGGACGAGGUGGGCGACUCUGCUCGCCGCUAUAACGUGUCAUCAGUCAAAGGAAUGGUUAAUGUCUUUUUUUUUCUCUCUCUCUCUCUUUCUCUCUUUUUUGUUUUCAAGUCCUGUAAGGACGGCGUGGAGGACGGCUGACACGUUUGCGCUGAUGCGACUUUUCUCCGUGUCGCCUGGAGCACAAGGACAAAGUACACCGCGCAUUUACUCUCACCUGGGCUCUGAGUUGUACCUGAAAAGAGUAAAUGCGUUUUGCACUAAAUAAAGGGAACACCCAGGCCACGCACAUCUCUCAUUGUGCCGUUAGCGGUGUUUUUAAGCGAUUUUCCACCGGCUUUCCCCUCUCAUGAUUACAUUUAUAGCUAUACAACGCACAGCAGCUGACUCCUCAUUCAGCGUAGAAAAUGAGAUCGAAAAGUCUGUGGGACGAUUUAGAUUUUUUUUUUUUUUAAGAAAAAAAAAUCUUCAUAUAAUAAAUGAAAAUAUUUUCUGUUAUUUUUGUUGCCUGUGUUGCACCGCUGACCUUAAUGUAUGUAACCAUUCCAGAGCUUUAGUGGAUUUGCUGCAAACGCUUAACUUCAUUUUAAACCCACCAAAGCGCCCACGGCUUUCAUUUGUCAAGUGUUUUUAUUUCUUUCGUGUAAUUAAGUGCCAUACUUGUAUAUAAGAUGCAUAUGUAUACAAACAUUUAUAUAAAUCUCUAAAUAAUAGUUAUUAUUAUAGACAUUAUAAAAGCGGACUCCUUGCUCGGAUUGCUCAACACCGCCCAGAAUUGCUUGAACUCUAUUCGUUGUGAUUUAAAUGAAAAGAGAGAAGAAAAAAGAAAAAGAAAAAGAAUAAUAUUCAGCAUUUGUCUCUUUUAACUCGAAACCGAAAAAUGACCGAAAAUAAACACAAGUGCUGGUUCUUUUUUUCUACACAGUAAUCUCUUAUUCGCCAUAACAAGUGAUCACAAAAAAUGAUAGCACAGAUAUUUUAUAACAAAUUAUAUAUUAUAUAACGGAAAAUCAAACUAUGGACAAUGAUGGAGAAUUUCCUCUGGUGCUACAUUUUUCCACCUUUAAGCUGUCCGUGUACCCCAGGAAAAAAAUUAUAUUAAAAAAAACAUAAUAAUCAAAGCAAAUAAGUAAAAUAAAUACAUAGCACAGCCGUCUGGAGCCCUGAGGCUUUCUCUGCAUCUCUCUGAGACCUGGCAUGCGUCUAUCUCAGGCACUUAGAAAGAAAUGUGCUGCAUUAAGUGUCAGUAUGAGGUAUGAAAACUGUUUUGAUUGAAAUCUCAUCCUUGUCGUUAACGUGAGGGAUUUCAUAUAUUUAAAUAAUAUUUGUUUCCAUCUAUUCCGAAUGCGCUUCAUAGCUGUGACCUGAGAAAAAUUUUGAUUGAGUCUGUCCGAAAUUUCACACUCAGUAUUUUCCAGUUAUCAGGACAUUUUAUACUGGUUGAAUUCUAAGGUCAAGUAAAGAGCUGCAUGUUUAAGAAAGCAUAUUAGAGAGCAUUAAGAUGUUGUCGAGGAAUUGCAGAGUCUCGGCUGCUUUUGCUUGGGAGUUGGUCUGUUCCCCUUUUUCUGUUCCUGUCUUUAUUUGUUGCAUAAGAAAUAUUGCAAUGUAGUAUAUACAGAUAUUCGAUUUUCCUGAAGAUCAGGAGAAAAUAGAAAACAUUAAGUUAAGAUAAAAGUUGACCGCAGUGUGAGGACUGAGCAUCAAGGAUGAUCUGGGGACUCGCUCACUGCAGCAUCUGCCAUAAUGACCCUGCAAUGCAAGCCUGAAGAGGAAUCUGGUAACUCUUACAUCAAUCUUCAACUGAGAAGAGAUGUGUCAUGUUCCCAAAGCUCAAUAAUUAACUCAUAAACUGUGCUACAGGGAAGAAGUGCAAUGUGCCUGGUCGGCCGGACAGUGCAAUGCAACACUCAGCCUUUUCCUCUCCUCUUUCUGUCCUAUGACCAACAUUCCAAGACUGCAUUCAUCUUGAAUCAGUGAGAAACACAAAGACUUUACUGAUAAACUGUCGUGAAAGCCCACACAACUCUAAACUGAGAUGUCACUGAACUGAGCACAUUGUGAUUGUGUAUGCAAUCAAAAAGAAAAAAAGCUUUAAUAAAAAACCUUCCCUGCUGAA